GCUAAUUUGCGUCUGUCUGCAUCAGCGCCAGGUGCGCUUGAUUUGACCCCAACUGAGAACAUCAUCAGUGUAAAUACAAUAAAUGUUUGUCUGAGUUUUCUAACAGCAGCGUGUUUUAUGUGAGCUCUGGACAUGGUUUACCUGAUCUUCUUUCUCCUGGUGGCCCCCCCUGAUGGAGGCGCUCUGCCCCCCGAGGCUUUAAAUCAAACAGCCCAGGUGUUGAUGAGGAAAGUUUACCGAAAGCAAACACCGACUGUGCUGCGGCUGAACUAUCUCAGACUCCCCAUGUUUGUGGACUCGGAUCUGUCUCUGGAGGAGGAUGGAUAUUUCUCUCCGGCUAGAAGCACCGGGCAGGAGCCUUUACUCAAGCCCGUCCAACAGCUGCUGCUCCCGGUUCGGGCCAACAGCAGUCCGCGCAGCGUCUCUGGUGCCACCGUGAAGACUUCCUGUGAGCGCAACAUGAUGCAGGUGCAGGUGGGAAGGAGGAUUUUUGGCGCCGGGGAACCUGACUCUCAUCUAAAACUGGGGACGUGCCAAGUCAGCAACUCUACGGAAGAUUAUCUUUAUUUUGAAUAUGAGCUCAGCAUGUGUGGAACCAAACGCACGAUGAUCUCUAACCGGAUGGUCUACUUUAACUUACUGCAUUAUGACUCACCAGCAUCCCGAGGACCAAUCAGGCGAGUUGCACCCUUCAGCCUGCCUGUUGGAUGUUAUUUUAACAGGUACCUUUACUCGUACACAGUUGGCCACAUACCAAAGGUGCAGAUGCAAAAGAUCUUCAAAGAAACGAUGGAAGCAGACAAAUUCAUCCUGACUCCACGAAAUGCUCGGUGGGAAAAGCUUCCUCCAUCCGGUCACUAUAUGCUCGGGGAGCCCAUUUACUUCGAAGCUGAGGCCCCAGCUUUGUCGUACAAUCAGAGACUGUACGUCCACACGUGUUUUGUGACUCCAGAGAAGUCUCGCACCUCCAAGCCUCAAGUUUCAGUCAUGAAAAAUUUUGGAUGUGUGGUUAAAACAGAGGACAGCGUCUCUAAAUUCAUCCCAUACAAAAACAACGUGGUGAGAUUCUCUGUGGAUUCCUUGCUAUUCACAGGGAUGACCGGCCAGCAGCUCUACAUGCACUGCACCAUGUCUGCUGGAAGUUUGCUGCCCACACCGACAGCCAAGUCCUGCAACUAUGAUACAAUAUCCAAAAGAUGGGUGGAGAUGUUAGGAUUAAACUCUGUGUGUGACUGCUGUGAUUCCAGUUGUAGCUCUGCUGCAGCCACAGUGGCUCAGAUAUUCAGCAGUGGACCUUGGUUAAUAAAGCCUAAAGUGAAACCCCGCAUACCCACCCUGCAGAGGAAGACAGCCUCCACCACAACAACCACCACGAUAAGGGAAGCACCUCAACCAGAGCUGAGCAAGUGGAAGUGGAGGUCGUGGCCUGAAGAGACAGCAGAGGUUCUUAUGGGUAAGGUGGAGAAGACGGUGACGGAGCUGGAGUGGCCAUUCACAGGUGGAGGAGUGAUGUGGAGUGAGCAGGAAGGUGAGGAGAAGCAGAUGAAGGGCUCUGCUGCCGUGGAGGCAGAGGAGGAGCUGAAGGUCAAAGAGCUGCACAGAAUAUUUGAAGAUGUCUUUGGUUUUGAUGAAUAAAGUUUGUGGACAGUAACGUAACUGCAGGAGGUUUCAUUACAGGACAGGUUUUACACAUUUCUGCAUUAUUACCUGUUUCAAAUGAAAACAACUGCAGCUUUGAGUCUGUAUCAGUCAAAUAAAAUAUUU